AUGCUUUCCUUUAAGGUAGUGAAGCUCGUUCACGGCGAGAGCACCACUGUGCUCCUUUCCCUAGUGGUUUUCCGCCACCUCGGAAAUGUCAUCACGUUGUUGGCGGACUUGCGGAUGGUCUCUCCAAGCGUGGUGGUUUUGGUGGAUAGCGAGGGGUGGGCGGAUAUGGCUACAGUAGCAGCCUCGUCGUUCCGAUGUAGCGUCGUGAGCAGUUUGGACUACUACUCGAUGAUGUUGGAGUCGUUGUAUGUGUUUACAGCUAGGGGAGGAGGGGAGUGGGUGAGGAGAAUCAAGAUGAUGCAUCUGUAA